AAGGAAGAGGAGAGAGACUCAACCCACCCCAGUCAACACGGAAGGCGGCUUACAUCCAUCUCUCUCUUCUCCGUUCCUUUCUUCAGUUCUUCCCUCCUUCGAUGAAACCCUAGAGCCUGUAAAUUUGAAUAUACAGAGGUGGUGUGAGAGACGAAUCAAAGCAUUCUCUCUCGAAUUGCACAAAUGUUCGACCUCCUCUGAUGAAUUGGCGUAAUUCCCGGAAUAGAGAUGACAUCCGAGAUCGAGGUCGUUGAUGAAGGAGAAAACCCGACGGGUUCGAACUGUGGACUUUCAACGGAGACGACUGCCAUCGGUGCAGGCGAUGAGAUUCUUCGGAACGAUGUGUACACUGCAGCGGCGUACGGUGACUUAGAGAAGUUGCAGAGGUUGGUGGAGCGUGAAGGGUGUUCAGUAUGUGAGCCAGAUGGGCUUGGGUAUUAUGCGUUGCAGUGGGCGGCUUUGAACAAUAGGACCGCGGCCGCGCAGUAUAUUAUUGAGCGAGGAGGAGAUGUGAAUGCAGCCGAUCACACUGGGCAAACAGCAUUGCAUUGGAGUGCUGUGCGGGGAGCGAUCCAGGUCGCUGAGCUAUUACUCCAGGAGGGUGCUCGUGUGGAUGCUGCUGAUUUAUAUGGUUAUCAGACAACUCAUGUUGCAGCUCAAUAUGGUCAAACAGCUUACCUUUAUCAUGUUGUUACAAAAUGGAACGCUGAUCCUGAUGUUCCUGAUAACGAUGGAAGAAGUCCUCUACACUGGGCUGCCUAUAAAGGUUUUGCCGAUUGUAUACGACUUCUUCUUUUUCUGGAUGCGUAUAGGGGACGACAGGAUAAAGAGGGUUGUACCCCCCUACAUUGGGCUGCUAUUCGGGGGAAUCUAGAGGCAUGCACAGUCUUAGUGCAGGCAGGGAAGAAAGAAGACUUGAUGGUGACUGAUAACACUGGCUUUACACCAGCACAGCUUGCUUCUGAUAAGAAUCACCGACAAAUUGCUUUUUUUCUUGGGAAUGCCAGAAGGUUGUUUGAUAAACGCUGUGAUGGAAACAGCCGCCUGGGGAAAAUUUCAAAGCUAGGACUUGCACCUGUACUUUGGUGUAUAAUACCUAUGUUACUAGUGACCUAUAUUCAUUCUGUCAUCAUUGCAUCAAACCUGCCGAAGUUAACACCUGGAUUUGGGCUUUUUGCAUGGUUGGGUGUUUUUCUUGCGACUGCUGGUCUAGUGAUGUUUUACAGGUGUAGCAGGAAGGAUCCCGGUUACAUCAGAAUGAAUGCACAUGAUUCCCAGAAUCUGAAAGAUGAUGAACCUUUGCUGAAGAUUGAGGUUGGUCAUCCUGCUUUGCUAGCUGGGAAUUGGUCUCAGCUCUGUGCCACAUGCAAGAUUGUCAGGCCUCUUCGUGCAAAACACUGCUCCACCUGUGAUCGUUGUGUUGAACAAUUUGAUCAUCACUGCCCUUGGGUUUCAAAUUGUAUUGGCAAGAAAAAUAAAUGGGAUUUCUUCAUGUUUCUUUUUCUAGAAAUAUCCGCAAUGCUGAUUACUGGUGUAGUUGCUUUUACAAGAGUCUUGAAGGAUCCAACAGCUCCAUCUUCUUUUGGAGCAUUUAUUAAUCAUGCUGGCACUCACCAUGUGGGGUCUUUGUCAUUUCUGAUUGUGGACUUCUUCCUCUUCUUUGGUGUUGCAGUCUUGACUGUUGUGCAGGCUUCACAGAUAUCCCGAAACAUCACAACAAAUGAAAUGGCAAAUGCUAUGCGUUAUAGCUACCUAAGGGGGUCCAAUGGUCGAUUCAGAAAUCCAUAUGAUCAUGGCAUACGGAAGAAUUGUUCAGAUUUCUUGAUCAAUGGCUACAAUGAGGAUGUGGAAUGCAUAGAAGAACCUAACCAUGAGGAGAUUGGAAUGAUGCAGAUGGCUAGGAAUUCGAAUGUGCAAAAUGGAGAGGCACAUUCUCACCAUGGCAAUACGAAUGGCCAUGUUUCUGUUGAUGUAGAUUCUUCUAAGAACCCAACAACUCAUCGUGGACACACACACUCCUCCCAGUGCAACCAUAAUAGCCAUGGAAAGGCCAAUGGUGUUCCAUUAGGGUUGGGUAUUGGCCUAUGACAGAACAAUGCCUGUUCUGUUGUAGCCUCAUGAUUUGUGUCACUCAAUCUCCACUAGGUGGUCAAAUUGUCCUCUUGUAGCAGUUACUGUUCAUAUGCAUACACCUAGUUAGUUUUUAGUUAAUUUCUUAUUUCAGUUUUCUGUGUUUACAGUACUCUCUGCAAAUUUGUAUCUCUAUUCUUUUGUAUAAUUUGAUGUGAUAAAGCAUUAGCAUUGAACAGAAAUGUAAAACUGCUUUGGUUUUGAGUGCA